AUGGCAAGACUGUUGACAUGUGGACUGGCAUGCACUUCAAGUGAAGGAAACUUUAAGGAAUAUCUUCGCCAAAGGUGUAGACCCGGAAACGAGGAACAAGAACAAAAAUUUGAUGAGCCUGUGUGGAGGUUCUCGUCAGAUGUAUAUGAUCCUACACGCAAGAAGAGUCGCUUUCAGUCUUUCCUCGAUUCUAGAAGACGCGAUCUACUCAUCUAUGGAAACAAAGAGUUAACUGGGAGUACCGGAGACCAGGAAAACGUCCAGCAGGCUAACAUUCGCCAGCACACCCACGCCCACGCAGGCCAAGAACACACCAAUGCCUACCUGAACGAGUGGGUGGUUCACCUGACAGGAGGUCGCGAGCUAGCGGCAGCUGUGGCCAAGGACUUGGGUUAUCGAUUCCUGGGACAGGUCGGGGAGUUCCGUGACGUAUACCGCAUGGUCAAACUGAACCACCCAGCCGCCCACAAGCGUGACUCGCCCACACUCACCCACCACCUCGCCGACCAUGCCCAGGUUGUGUGGGCAGAACAGCAGUAUGUCAAGGAGAGGGUCAAGAGAGACGACUACGAUCCCUUCGCUCCUCUCAUCCGCGUCAAGAGGUUAGAAGACGCGGAACAAGAAACGAAAAAGGAAAGCAAGAUGAAGAGGGAUAAGAUAGAGAGGAAGAGGAGGAGUAGGAUUAACAGAUCAGCCACUGCAUCCCAGGUGAAGGGGUUUGAGGCCAUGUUUAACGACGAGCUGUGGGACCAUCAGUGGUACCUGUACGACACACGGACACGGGCAGAGCUGCCCAAGCUGGACCUGCAGGUGGUGAGAGUGUGGGAGGCGGGUGUGACAGGUCGCGGGGUGAGACUCCUGGUUCUGGAUGAUGGCCUGGAGUGGCGACACACCGAUCUCACCCACAACUACGACGCUGAGAUUAGCUAUGACUUUAACGACAACGACGACGACCCGACUCCCCGCUACGACUCCCACUUCUCCAACUCCCACGGCACCCGCUGUGCUGGCGAGAUCGCAAUGACUGCAAAUAACCAUAAAUGUGGUGUCGGUGUGGCUUACGGGGCCAGAGUCGGAGGGAUUCGCAUGCUGGAUGGCCCAGUGAGCGACGUGGUAGAAGGUUUGUCACUGUCGUACGCCCUGGACAAGGUGGACGUGGUGAGCUGCUCGUGGGGCCCUACCGACGAUGGGCAGAGGGUCGAGGGCCCAGGAAGGCUGGCGGAAAUGUCCUUACAGAUGGGCGUUACACAGGGCCGCGGGGGUCUCGGGACGGUGUACGUGUGGGCAGCUGGCAACGGCGGGUCAGCAGGGGACAACUGCAACUGUGAUGGCUACACCUCGUCCAUCUUCACCCUGAGCAUCAGCAGCGCCUCAGAGACGGGCAGGUUUCCCUGGUAUGGCGAGCAAUGCGCCUCCACUCUCGCCGCCGCCUACUCCUCAGGCGCUUAUACUGACCAGAAGAUUGCCACCACAGACCUUCACAAUGGCUGCACCAACACCUUCACUGGUACCUCUGCCGCCGCUCCUCUGGCCGCCGGCAUCAUCGCCCUCGCUCUUGAGGUCAAUCCUCGGCUGACGUGGCGAGACAUACAGCAUGCUGUGGUCUGGUCCAGCGAGUGGGCGCCGCUGUCCCACAACGGUGGGUGGACCACCAACGCCCGCGGUCUCAAGGUUACUCGUUUCGGCUAUGGUUUGCUAAGUGCCGAAGGUCUGGUCAACACUGUGAGGAACUGGACCAACGUGCCUCAGCAGAGAAUCUGUAAAGCAUCGCCCACUAACAGGUCGGGGGCGACCUUGGAGAGCGGAGGGUGGGUGCUAGUGCAGUUCCUGAGUGACGGGUGCCAUGGAGGAGAUGAUGAAGUGACAGCCCUGGAGCACGUCCAGCUGAUUGCUACCAUCAACUACACCAGGAGGGGCGCCCUGGCCAUCACCCUCACCAGCCCCCAGGGGACGCAGACGAGCCUGUUGACACAACGUGAGAGUGACAGGUCCAACAAGGGCUUCACCAAGUGGGCAUUUAUGUCUGUACACACGUGGGGCGAGAACCCUGCAGGAGUCUGGAGCCUCAACAUCUCAGACACCAGUGGAGGAGAAGAAAACGGAACCAUCGGUGAAUUGGAGCUGGUACUACACGCGAAGGAGCUCCCUCAACACAUGAAGGAGCAACGUAGCUACAGGAUCAGUUACGACCAGGUGGAGUUCAAGGAUGAGAGCGAGGAGGAUGAGGUGAACCUUAGCUCCCAGCAGAUGAAGACACUUUCCUGGGACCAGCUCCUCCAAUUAUUGGCUAAGAGCACGCGAUCAACUUUGUCAACAAUGGACAUUGAAAUGCUUCUGCAAGAUGGACGUCUCGAGGCUACAUUACGAAACAUACAGUCACAAGAGGCAAAACUAGAGUCGUUGGGGCACAUCACGAAAUUUGACUGGCAACUUGUUAUGGAUGAACUCAUGGCAAGGAGGUAAACGACAUAAAAAAAAUGAAGAGCCACCAUAAAACCAUGUCAUCUAGAACAAAAAUGUCGAAAAUUUCAGGCCUGCAGACUCGGCGUAUCAAUAUUCUCAUUAGGUUUAUGUGAGAAGCAUUAUGGAGAUCGGUGGUCACAGCUGUCUAUUCUAAGAAUAGGUAUUGAAAUAACAAAUGAAAACAAACACACAUUUUAGCUAAACAAUGAGUUUACCUUAAUUUUUUCAGGUUUGAUAAAACUGACUUCAUGAUUAACGUUGAACUAAACUUCUGAGUGUGAUGGAACUUAGCGGUAUGCUUCCAUGUUUUUAAUACAAAAAUUCGAUAAUAAAGUUUAGAAGAUCAAGCUCACCACUUUUAAAUAAUCAAAUAUUAUAUUUUCCGAGAGAGGUCAUGUUAAAAAAGAUGGGUUAACAAUUUGUUUAGUCCCUAAUAGAAAAAGCUCAUCAUAUUGGAUAACAAUUUUUACUUUGGAGAACAGCUCUACGUUUUUCUAGUGACCACUACUGUAAAUUUUAACGUUAACUCCACUAACCAACGACGUAUAAUAAAAAGAGGUACUGACACUAAAUAUUCCUGACAGCAUAGGCCUAUAUACAUAGUGCCUCACUCCCUCACGUUUAUAAACACAAGUACAAAGGACAAAUGUGCAUGUCUUUAGUUACCCCAAGAUUGUGAAAAAUAUCUACCAUCAUGCUUUAUUUCUUUAUCGAGAAUAUAUGUAUACUUGCUUUUCAUCUAACAUUAAUUUUCAUUGACUGUAUUUUUAAGUCCCCUUUAUUAUAACUUAAUAUCCACAAAUUGCAUUUAUCUCUUAUCAGCAUGAAACAUCAGCUGUUAUGUAAUGUCAUGGUGAACUCUACAUAUGUCCCGUUGGCUGGUAACUCGUUACUGGUAACUGGUACUACUGAGACAUAAACACGCAUAUCGGAAGAGUAGCGAGUUCUUCCCAGGCGAGAAAUGUGUUCAGAUUCUGUCCACUGAAAAAAUAGAUUUAUUGUAACUGGCUUAUAAUUACCUUAGAAGUCAACCCGAGGCAAAGUUCUUCAGUAACCAGGCACGCUCCGGAUAGACAUCAUACCUUGCAACAGCUUGGCAGAGAUAGAAUUUCAAAAUUCAGCUAUGACAAGCGUUUGGGAAUCCGGAAGACAACCGAUGUUGAGUCACGACAGCAAGUUUGUUUGUAAGGAGUACUUGUACAUGCUUAAGGUGGUGCUAGUUGCUGUGUUCCAAGUGUAAGGUUAAUCCACAUGACAGAAAAUCAAUCUUAACUCGUGUUCAGUUGACAUUUUUGGUACAUGAGCUCUGGUAAUUAAUAAAGAUAAAGUCGAGUACCUUUGUUCUAAAAUCCUGUAUCUGAAUAAUUUUAUAUUCAAUAA